CUGGCAACUGUCACUAUAUCUUAAAGACCACUACUACUAGCUAUGCUUAUUUUUUGAUGGUUCGCACUGGGGUCAUUGUGCUCCCUCACAGACUCGUCUACGUUUCGUUAGAGCCAUGGCUUUAGGCAGCCUAGUAAACGGAAAUAGGCAAUCUGUUGUACCUACGUCUCGAAACGCUUGCGAACGGCGUCUUACAUCAUCUCUGCGGCCACGGCAUCGUAAUAUCGCACGUCCAGUACCUGCUCUGGGGGAGGCUGCAUCCCAACUUGACGUCGCCACAACAACGGCUGCCAGCGAGCUCAUUGCUCGUUCUCUUCAGUACUCUGGAACAGAUGUUUCCCACCUGUUAUCGCACCUAAAUCAUGCUUUGGACGGCUCCAACUCACUGUUCCACACAACCCACCAUGUCCACGCGGACCUGAAUGCUGCCAUUACACUUGUAGAGCCGGAGGCCCUUCAUCAUGUUGGGAGCUGGGCCCAGGGUUCCGCCAUUAACGACGUCGUUGCCUCAGCCGCGCCAGUCCUGGCGGACGUUGUGGCCUCCCCGCACACGGCCCUGGCGGCCGACGCCGCCUCCGCAAUGGCAGUUGACGCGGCGCACGCGUCGGUGCUGGCUCUGGCCACAUGGGCAGGCGAGCGCCUCGCCACCAUUGCUACGAUUGACCCGGAGUCGUACGGCAUCAUGCGGGAUACCUUGGAUGAGGUGCUAGCGGCUAUCCAGGGUGUCGUGGACUCCCAGACUGGCGGGCUGGUGCUGGGUUGGACCAAUGCGCUGGUGCUGGGCGUGCAGCAGCUGGUCACCACGCUGCGGCUGAGCCACCCGGAGGCCACCUCCACCAUCGACUCCAUGCUGGCGGCGCAGCAAGCCAUGCACGAGACCCUCAUGGGCGGCCCUGGUCCUAUGGGCACCCGUGGCGCGGCCCAGGUGGCCAUGAUGGCUCUGGCGCUGCUGGUGGCCGCCAUCCCUCGCGGCGGGCAGGCGGCGCUAGCAGCCGGAGCCGGAGUUGCGGCAAGCAGCUCCGCAUUCGGCAUCCCCUCGGGGCCCUCGCAGCAGCAGGCGGGCGGGCUGCUGGGCUCCCCCGCGGCGACGGCAGCGGACGGGCUGCCGCUGCGGUACGACCCCAAAGCGCUGGAUUCGUACUUUGCGCAGCGGCCCAUGCAAGUGCUCAGGCGCAACGCACAGGUGUUCUCCCGGAUCGGUGGCUUCUGCGUGCGUGUGCUGUGGGACUGGCGCACGGGGGUGUUCGAGUCCAACAUGGACAACCGCGCCAAGGAGGCGGGCAGGAUCAUCGAGGACCUGGGGCCCGCGUACAUCAAGAUUGCACAACAGCUUUCCACGCGUGUGGACUUGGUGCCCCCGCCCUACCUGGAAGAGUUCAAGCGGCUGCAGGACAACGUGCGCACCUUCAGCACGGUGGAGGCUCGCGAGGUGCUGGAGUCGGGUCUGGGGUGCUCCGUGGACCGGGUGUUCGAGUGGCUCUCCGCAGAGCCCCUGGCGGCGGCCAGUCUGGGGCAGGUGUACCGCGGCAAGCUGCGUCCGGAGCACGGCAGCGUGGAGGUGGCGGUGAAGGUGCAGCGGCCCGCGGUGCUGGAGACGGUGGCGCUCGACAUCUACAUCAUGCGCCGGGCAGCCAUCCUCAUGUCCAAGAUGCCGGGGAUGUCGGACCAGUGGGCGGUUGUGCUGGACGACUGGGCCACCCGCUUCUUCGAGGAGAUGGACUACCAGCUGGAGGCGCACAACACCAUGGCCUUCAAGCAGCAGAUGGCCAGUCUGCAGGGUAUCAGCGUGGCCACCGUGUACCCGCAGUUCACCUCGCGCAAGGUCAUCGUCACGGAGUGGGUCGAGGGAGAGAAGCUGAACCAGUCCAAGGCCGAGGACGUGCGCGCGCUGUGCUCCACGCUGCUCAACUGCUACCUCAUACAGCUGCUGGAGACGGGGCUGCUGCAUGCGGACCCGCACCCCGGCAACCUGCUUCGCACCGCCGACGGCAAAAUCGUGAUCCUGGACUUUGGGCUGAUGACGGAGGUGACGGAGGACCAGCGGGUGGCGCUGAUUGAGUUCAUCGCGCACCUCACCAUGGAGGACUGGAAGGGGGUGGCAAAGGACCUGCUGGCGCUGGGCUUCUUUCCCGACGGCAUGCCGCGUGAGGCCGAGCAGAUGAUCGCUCCCGUGCUGGAAACCGUCAUGGGGCAGAUCGUUCGCGGUGGCGGCCUCAAGAACUUCAACAUCGGCUCGGUCAGCGGCCAGCUGCAGGGUGUUGCCAUGAAUUACAAGAUGUGCAUUCCACCGUACUUUGGCCUCGUCCUCCGCGCGUUCUGCGUGAUUGAAGGCAUCGCGCUGAAGACGGAUGAGAACUACGCAAUCGUGCAUGAGUGCCUGCCCUACCUGAGCCGUCGGUUGUUGACGGACAACAACCCACGCAUGCGCGCGGCGUUGCGGCAUUUGUUGUACGGCAAGAAGAAUCGGUUGGACAUUGAGCGUCUGUCUAAAAUGGUGUCGGCGUUUGGAUCCUUCACAACCAACUCGGCCACGGCGCAGGCCUCCGGUCCCACAUUCGGUGAGGCCGCCGAGCGCGGUUUCGCGGAGCGCGUCAAGGGUCACAACGGCUCCGGCUCGGGCUCGGGCGGGCUGCUGUCCGACGGCCCUGUGGUCAACGAGGCCACCCGCGAGGUGCUCAAGGUGGUGUUCGCCAAGGACGGCAGCUACGCGCAGGAGCUGAUCGUGGAGGAGAUGGUGGCGGCGGUGGACGCCAUGAGCCGGGAGGCGCUGGGCGAGGCGUUGCGGCUGGUGCUGAGCUCGGCGGGCGCGGUGACGGCGCUGCGCAGUGUGGAGGCGCUGGGGCCGCUGCGGUCCAUGCUGAUGCCGCUGCCGCUGCCACUGGAGGUGCUGUCGGCCAUGGCGCCUACGGUGACACUCACGGCGGAUGACCGACAGGCCCUCGCCAUGGUCCGCACGCUGCUGGACCUGCUGCAGCCCUCCAUGUCGCGACUACCCGACGUGGCCACCACCAGCGGCCGAGCCAUCCGCGCGGCGGGGGAGCUGAUGCCCAUGGUUCCGGAGCUGCUGCCGGGCAUGCGGUCCACCCUGGAGCUCUUCAUCCGGCAGCUGGUGAGGAGGAUGGCGCUGAGGUUGGCGGAGGACCUUGCCGCGCCGGGUGGGGGUGGCAGCAGCCGGCAGCAGCAGGGCAAGUAGGGAGGACGGGUGCUGGCGGGUGGUGGUUGAUUUGUGGAGGGCUGAUGGAGGGGGUAGGUUUGCAAGGCGGACAGGUUAGCUUCUUGUGGCUAGAUGCUUGGUGUUUUUUUGUGCACAGGCAAUAAAGGACUUCGCAGGUGGUGGUGGUGGUGGCGGAUGGUGGUGUGCUAGUGGCGGUGUAAUUGUUUGGCGUCUAUGGCUUGCCAGCUAGGGUGGGCUUUGGACCUUAGGAAAAGCAGUUGAGUGCAGUUGGCGCCGUACCAUUGCGUGCGCUUCUUGCCUUGCCCUUGCGCGGUGACCAACGGUUUGUGUCUCUUAGGUGGGCAUUUGCGUUAAAAAGCCUGUGACAUAAGUAAGGUAUAAUAGAUUUCG